AUGGAGGCGGAGAAGAAACUUUGGUGUGAACUGUGGAAAGGCCCGGCUGAGUCCUUCCUGCUCUUUUCCCGGGGAAUGCAGGAUAUUCUCCGCGGCCCGGGGAGUCCAGGCUCAGCUGAGAGGCCAGCUGCCUCCGACGUGUCAUCGAAUGACUCUGCCCGUGGAUACAGAGAUCAUCCAAGCACCCAUAGAUACCGCGAGCGACGCCACCUAUCACCACCUUCCAACGCAGCACUGGCAAAGUCGCUCGAGUCGCUGUUCGAUUUGGAUGAUCCAAUUUCCAUCGGUAUCUCCCUAGACCAGCGCAAAAUGCAGAGGGGUCGGGACAUUUCCCAGGACGCACUCUUCAAUGCGGCCGCUCACAGGGGCCGCAGUGAGCGACAGACAGAAAGCGGAUCAAGACGAUCUCGCCCCGUGCGUGGCUGGCACAAGUUCCAUACCUGA